AUGCGGUUGUUGAACAGUCGUCGUCGUUUCUCCUCGCGUAUCGUCACCGCGGAGAAACGAGACGUUGACGUGUACUUUGACCGUUUUCUUCAGAUUCCCGAACGACAUCUCCUCCGACCGGGACGACGAACGACGACGACGACGGCUUUUGCCGAUGACUACGAUGAUGAUCACAGAAGAAUGAUGACGAGGAUAAUGCAAAGAACGCGCAGCAGCAGCAGUAGUAGUAGGAGUGGGGUUGGUUUCGUGUCCAUCGUGAACGAAAGGAGCAAAGAAGAGGAAGAGUUGGACCAACAACUCGAACGCAGGAAAGAGGAGGGAACGAUAGACAUUGCGCUUCAAUCAAAUCAAACGAUGAUAACGAAGAAAAGCGAGAACAACAACACUUCCCCGGCACCGUUUUGCCGGUUUUGUUUAGAGGAAGAAACGAAAAGUUCAAAGUUAAUCUCCCCGUGCGCCUGUAAAGGCUCGCAGCGAUUCGUCCACGCGAGCUGUUUGAACCGCUGGCAACUGAUGUCGCUGAAGAACGGCUGCGACCGAAACGGCGAAGAGUGUUCGGUGUGCAAGAAAAAGUUCGACAGACCGAAAGAUCCGUUUUGGAAGCGAGUGGCGAAGUACGCGUACGUGCACUUGCACAAGAGACGGUGGUUUUACGGGUACGCGUUUUUUAAGUGGUUGAAAAUGAGCGUCGAUUUGAUUCAGUGUUCCGGCGACCAGUUCCCUUUGGUGACUUUAGUCGUCAGCUCGUUGGCGCAUUUAGUCGACGCCAACAUGCGAUAUAAACGAAUCAUCGGAUUGAUGAACCAAGACACGACCGCGUUAUCUAUCCUCCAACUCGAACUCUCGGUGUACUUCAACCGAAGCCUCUUCUGGGCUUCCAACGACAACUCGGACUUAGCCAAGUGCGUCGAGGCGUUUGGUUUCAUGCUCGCGUGGCCAACCACCGCGCUCACGUUACUCGGCGGCUGGUCCAUAAACUUAAACGGCGACAUCUGGGGAUGGAUAAAAUCGAUAAAAGACUUCGCAGAGGAAAGCAAAUACGCCGGAAUUUCCAAGAAGACCGCCUUAUCCAUCGCGCUCGCCAAUCUCUUGGUCUUGUUUCCCGUCUACUAA